AUGUUCCAGUACAAAAAUCUCUCCCGUACUAUCAGAGCUGCCGUGGAAAGAGACGUAUGCGGUGGAACCAUCGUCUGUGAAUUUGAUAUCAAGAGGCGCCGUGGUAUCAUUCACGGAAUUUUCUGCAUCAUCAACAGCAAAGCUGUUACCCGUCUUAAGAGAGCCAAUGUUGGGAAAAUCGUCGGUCCUCCAGACCGUGAAGCACGAAGGGUAUCCGUAAUUCCGACCGUCAGGCUUCUCCGCAGUUCCGUGAUAGUUCAGCUCCUCUCCAGGGUUGUCGUUGUGAAUGUCCUCGCCUUGGCGUUGCAGCUGGUCAACGGAGUUCUCAACAGACCAGAUGCCACCGGUGGAAGGAUCCUCGGCGACACCGACGGAAUUGCGCAAACCCCAGCCAACGACGUCGCCAUCUGUGUACUCGAUCCCGUCACUGUUUUCGCCGAGGAGGGAAAUGUUAAAGCUGCGGAUCUGGGAACGGCCUGA